AUGGCAUCUAGAAAGCCGAGGAGGGACUAUCCACAGAGAUUGUAUCCACCCGGAAAAUCUCCUUUGCAAAACCGAAGUAUGCAUCACAAUUGCUCCUUCUCUGGUUUUGGAGAGCUUGAAUCGGUUGUUGGGGAGACAGUUUACAAUGACGUCAUGAAUAAUUCACAAGUGGGAGUGAUUCUUAAGCUUGCUUCAAGGGGCUACGUCUGGUCUGCGAAGACAUGCCACAAUCUUCUAACCAAUCAGUUGGCAGUUAAGCGGAACUAUGAGAUAUGGUCCUUGAUUGGGGGUCGUCCUAUCCGGUUUAGCCUCCAUGAGUUUCAUGAUAUUACACGGCUAAACUGUGAGCCGUUUGAAGAUGAUGAAGACUUGAAUGUUGACCACAAGGAGUUUUGGGAUUUGGUCGGCAUUAAAUCAGGUGAAGGACCUAGCUGGGAAGAGUUGGACACUGCGUUUGCAGUAUGCGGUAGUUGGGAUUAUGAGGAGAAGAGGAAGUUUGCAUUGUUGUUUGUGCUGCAUGUGGGAAUAUUUGGUCUUGCUCGAAAUUCUAGAAUCCCUUUCAAGGCUGCCAAAAGAGUGUUGGUUCCUGAAAAGUUUGAGGGCUAUCCUUGGGGUAGAGUUGCAUUUCAGCAGUUAGUGCAGACGAUCAAAAUAGCGAAAUUUGACGGCCCUUCCUACACCAUUUCUGGUUUUGUGCAUCCGCUGCUUAUAUGGGCAUACGAGGCUGUCGAGAUUAUCGGAGAAAGAUUUGGGAGGAGACGUGAUGCUCCAAUCCCUCUUCUACAAUGGCAAUCAUCACGUAAGCGAUACAAUCUGGAGGCCCUGAUGGAGGAGGAUAAGAAGAUGAGCGUCGAUAACAAGACUCGUGUUAGGCACUUCGUGGAGAAGCCUCUUGCUGAGAUAUAUCCACCUCAAGCUUAA